CCCUCUGCUCCGCUCCCACCACUGACUGACUGCAGCCCCAGCCUCCUUUCUCCCAGAGCCAGAGGAUUGGUAACUAUGGCUGCGAAGGACGCUAGUUGACAAAUAUUGGUCUACUCGAACGAGCUCAGAUUUCGACGUGGCUGAAUUCAAAAUGGGUUACUCUUCUUCGCACUGAAAUUAACGACAGAGAGCAUCAGUAUGUAUCACAAAGAAAAGAGCAUUCAGAUCAAGAGCAGCGCCUCUGCGCUGUACAACAACCUGAGCGUGCUGCGAAUCGCACCCCGCUCUCUCACUUACUUCGCUGUGGUGCACGCCAACGUGGUGAAUAUGGUCAGCGCCUCCUGGGAUGGCCUCAACUACUCGCACCGUCAGCUACAGUCCAAAGAGGGCUCCGUCGCCACCAGUUCCUCCCUCAUCAUGCAGGCUGCAUGGUGUGUGCUUCCCUCCCGUGAACUCCUUGUGCUCACCUCCCAACGAGGGAUACAGAUGUAUGAGUCAGACGGGUCAAUAAUGGUGUAUUGGCACGCGCUGGACUCUCCUGAAACACCCACAGCCCAGGCAGUGUUUACGCGGGGCAUUGCGGCAGUCAGGGAAAAGUACAUAUGUGUCGGCAUUUCGUCUGGGUCUGUAUUGGUGUUUGAUGUUCCCAGCAAAGGCAGCAACAUCACCCUGUCUGAAGUUCUUGAAGAGCACAAGGAGUCCAUCACAGACAUGGCAUCUGAAUGCUCCGGCAGCCUGGAGUGCAUAGCUGAUUUGGUUAGCGCUGAUGAUUCAGGGCUUCUCUGUGUGUGGAAGUCAGGAGAGGAUUUCCAGCUGCUCAACAAGAUUCCAGGUUUUGAUAUGAGCUGCUCCUCUGUGAAGCUGUGGAAAGGCACGGUGGUGGCGGGGUACGGCACGGGACAGAUCCGUCUCUACGAGGCCGUCACAGGGAUCCUCCACGCAGAGAUCAACGCACACGCUCGCUGGAUCUACUCACUGGACAUCGCCCCUUUCACCGGACUGCUACUGUCUGCAGCUGAGGACUCUCUCGUGAGAGUUUGGCACCUGACCAUGACUCCGGAGACCAACAAUGUAGAGAUCGAGCACUUGUACAACGAGUGUGUGACUGACACCCAGAUCUGUGGGGCUAAGUUCUGUGACGGGGACGGCUACGCCUUCGCUGUCACGGGCUACGACCUCACCGAGAUCAUCCGCUACACACAGGGCUAGCGAGGGCACAUGGGCAGACAUGUUUCUGUAUCAAAGAAAACACACACACUUACGCACACACACACACACACACACACACACACACACACACACACACACACGCCAGAGCAAGCAU